AUGGCAAGGCACGACCUGCUGAAGCUCUUCAAAACGGCCGCGGGUUCGCCACAGGACGCCUUGCAGCGCAUGGCUGUGAGCGGAGCGCCCUCGGAGGCAGAAUGGACCUCAGCCCUGCAGGAGGGCGAUACGCGGACGGGGGCAUCCAAUCAAGAACCACUACCCGAUGGAUCAAAACUAUCACAUGGUCUCCCAACUGCUUUGGUGCCAGCCAAAACAGAGAGCACAGCCCAAGAAGACAUGAUCAAAGUCACGCUGCAAGAUGGAUCAGAAGUGUAUGUGAAACGUAGCAACAUAGAUCUUCCUGACACGCCAGAUGUGGGUCAAAAGCGCCCCCCCCCAUCGACAGUUACUUCUGGCUCAGAAGUGGCUAAGCAGGAGGACGAGGCCCCUGAGUUUGGGGAUAUGGAUCCCAACGCGAGGAGGGCGCUCAUGCAAAACAGACGGGAGAUGGAUUACAAAAAGGCUAGGAAGCUGGAUCCUGUGUCUGGCUUAGUCGAUCCCCCCGUUCCCCUCCCUACGGCCAGGUUUGAACUCUCCUUCCCAGGAACUGCUUCAACGUUAGAAGAGUUACGGACGGUAUUGGAAGAGUACCAUUCUACCCAGGUAGUCCCAGCAGUAGCUCAUAUGCAGAACCGAAUGGAUGAAAUUGCACAGACCCCAGCACCUGUAGUCCAGACCUCCCUGUUGGUUCAAAGUUUGUCAGCGUAUGACAUUUCCAACGUGCCAGAUUCUGAUUUGAUUUCAGUCUUGCCUUUUGAUAUUCGGUUCCUUUCCUUGACAGAUGAAGUGCUUGAAGAUUUGGAGAAAAAUCCGUUGGCACCUGUAGUGUCAAGUCGGGGUCUCCAAUCAGACGUGAACUCUGCGGCCUCUGAAAAGGGCAUUUCGGGUAAGGAUUUUGGUAAAGGGGCCCCCCAAAGAGACCGUGGAUUUAAGGGGUCUAAGGGCAAAGGAAAAGAGAGCAAAGGAUCAAAGGGACACAAAUCUGGCAAGAAAUCUGCCCCGGAACAACAAGCAACCCCGCUGUGGAAAGGCAACCGGCGAUACGACGAUGAGCCAGACAAUGAUCCUCCACCAUGGGAAGACAAGCGAACCCCAGCCAUGUAUAGGUCACAGCGCUCACCUGUCAGGGGCAAAGGAGAUGGUGGUAAACGAUGCUCUGGUGGAAAAAAUCACUCCUCCUCUGCCGUGCUUGCGUUGAAGCUGUGCUUUGUUUGCCAUAAUCUCUUCGGGUUUAAUUCAUCUUGCGACCAGUGCGCGUAUGGCCGGACAAAUGUCGAGGCCGCCCGAGCCAUGGGAUCCACACGUGAUCCAGAACCCAUGGAUAUGCUAUGCAACAUGCCUUGUCACUUUGAUUUGGGGACUGAAAGGUGCUGCAAAUUUGCCCAUGAGAAGGGCGGACUUCUGGGACAUGGAGAUUGCGUCCAAUGCCACAUGUUGAAAAGUGCGUGGCAACGGUGGUUGCUCCAGGGGCUGGAAGCCCCCCAUGCCCUGCACAAGUCUUUGAUCCGAUCACUUCUGGAAAAGUUGACCAUCGGCGCAUUUUCUUCUCCCGUGUCCACGUUUCCUUCGCUCCUCAGCGACCAGCUGUUGGCUCAGGUGAGUGAAGUUUCUCCUCCCGUUUUUCAAAACUGGAUGGCGAAAGUUCCUGCCGCAACGGACCUACUGCCUAUCCUCUUUAGUGGGCCUCCAUUGAAAUGGGAACAGCCAUCUGAGAGAGCUUUGCUGGCCGACGAAUGGCAAUAUUUUGACACCAUGGACCAAGCCAACUACAACUGGACUUUCUACACCCUGGACAGUAUGCAAGCCUUGAUAGGUGCUUGGUUUGACGAUUUCUUGGUUUUGAACAAAUGGCAGGAAACAUUGUUGUGGGCUAUCCAGCCUUAUGGUUCUACUUCAUCAUCCGCCGUGCCGAGUACAUUCAUUCCUUGGGAUCGCCUGGUCGCAGCUUCAUACAGGGCAGCAAUGGCGGAAGCCAAACUGCCAGCACCUCAGCGAUGGCGCUCGGAAAACAUCGAUAGAUUGGUGAAAUACUACUUUGAUCACAGCAAAAUGUUAGAUACCCUUCCCAAGUUAGACCAAAUAGCCGCAGACUGGGCAGAUUUUUUGGCACAGGACCCGGAAGCAAUGAAUAUUUUUUUUGGAGUUGACCCUCACACCAAAGAGAAGCUCAAACACCUGGCAAAUUUUGCAUCGAAUUUCAGUGAUUGCUUGUACUGGCAGCUCGCUGGGCUGUACAAAGUACAGUCAACGGCGACGCAUCAGUUGCAAAUGCCCAAUUCAGAACUAGGCAUGUUGUAUGAACUGAUUGCGCAGCAUCUCAAAGCCAACCCUGCACAUCGACCAGCAGCUGAGUUUGGCGUCAAUCGUAACUAUACCCAGAAAGGCAAUUCCAUGGAAGCUCUCAUGCUGUAUAUAGCCGAACAUCUCUCCCACAUUUUAGUUUGGUCCACAGCAUGGGCAAUUUUGCAAGCACAGUUUAAAGAUUCCACCCAUUGGUGGCUGGAGAAGGUUGUUUACUGA